UUCCCGCCGCCUCGGCGAAGCGCGUCCCGGGCGGAGGAGACCGGUGAGCGUCCCGCGCUGGAGCCCCGGUAGGCGGGCCCUUCAGAUUUAUAAAAAAAUGGAUUUGACCAACCAUGGACUUAUUCUACUGCAGCAGUUAAACGCUCAGCGAGAGUUUGGUUUCCUGUGUGACUGCACGGUUGCAAUCGGCGAUGUGUACUUCAAGGCACACAAAUCAGUUCUUGCUUCAUUCUCCAAUUACUUUAAGAUGUUGUUUGUCCAUCAGACCAGUGAGUGUGUGCGAUUGAAGCCCACCGACAUCCAGCCCGACAUUUUCAGCUAUCUCCUGCACCUGAUGUACACAGGCAAGAUGGCUCCGCAGCUGAUCGAUCCCGUGCGCUUAGAUCAGGGGAUCAAGUUUCUGCACGCAUACCCCCUGAUCCAGGAAGCCAGCCUCGCCAGCCAGGGCACCUUCUCCCAUCCCGACCAAGUCUUCCCACUAGCUUCUUCACUGUAUGGCAUUCAGAUUGCCGACCACCAGUUGAGGCAAGCCAGCAAGAUUGCCUCCGCCCCUGAAAAACUUGGGCGGGAACCCAGGCCUCCGCCAGCCAGGAUGAGCCGGGAGCCGGUGCCCGAGGCGCCCCAGCUGUCCCAACUGACCUCCAAUCUGGCCCAGGUGAAUCGGACAAACAUGACCCCCGCCGACCCCCUGCAGACCUCGCUUUCUCCGGAACUUGUGUCCACUCCUGUUCCCCCGCCUCCGCCCGGGGAGGAGACCAACCUGGAGGCCUCCUCCUCGGACGAGCAUCCUGCGGCCCUGACCAUCGCCCACGUGAAGCCGAGCAUCAUGAAGAGGAACGGAAGCUUCCCCAAGUACUACGCCUGCCACCUGUGUGGCCGGCGCUUCACCCUGCGCAGCAGCCUGCGGGAGCACCUGCAGAUUCACACCGGGGUCCCCUUCACCUCCAGCCAGCCCGGGGAGAGCCGCGUCCCCCUGUCCCUCUGCACCAACGCAGCCGACCUGGGCAAAGACAGCAUGGAGGUGCCCGAGGCGGGCAUGAUCAGCGACAGCGAGCUGCAGCACAUCUCGGACUCCCCGAUCAUCGACGGGCAGCAGCAGUCGGAGACCCCGCCCCCCUCGGACAUCGCGGACAUUGACAACCUGGAGCAGGCCGACCAGGAGCGGGAGGUGAAGAGGCGCAAGUACGAGUGCACCAUCUGCGGGCGCAAGUUCAUCCAGAAGAGCCACUGGCGCGAGCACAUGUACAUCCACACGGGGAAGCCCUUCAAGUGCAGCACGUGCGACAAGAGCUUCUGCCGGGCCAACCAGGCCGCCCGCCACGUGUGCCUCAACCAGAGCAUCGACACCUACACCAUGGUGGACAAACAGACCCUAGAACUCUGCACGUUCGAGGAAGGGAGCCAGAUGGACAACAUGCUGGUGCAAACCAACAAACCCUACAAAUGCAACUUGUGCGACAAAACCUUCUCCACGCCCAACGAGGUGGUCAAACACUCAUGCCAAAACCAGGGCUCCGAUGUCUUCGCCCUAGACGAGGGGCGGUCGGUCCUCCUGGGCGGGGGGGACUCCGAAGUCACGGAACCCGACCACCCAGUGCUAGCCUCCAUCAAAAAAGAACAGGAAACCGUGUUGUUAGACUGAAUGUUACUUGUCUUUAAAAAACAAAAACAAAAAACAAACAAAA